GUUCAACCGCCGCACAUUGCACAAGCGGCUCUCAGCGUUCUAUCGAUGUCAUCCCCAGCUCAUGCCAGCGGGUGUGAGAUAGAUAUUUAGCUAUAAAACAUGACAGCUCACAAGGUACGCUUUCGAACAUCAACGCACUGUGAUAGAGGACUACCUCAGUUCCUCAUUACCUAACUUGAAGAUGCCUGCAAACAAAUCCUCAUCCGUUGCUCGCCAGCCAUGUGUUCUUCCAUUUUCCAAGCCAACCGCUGAACUAUUCGAGGCUGCGCUUCCCACAUUGAAAGAGGAGUCUAGACAAUGCAUCGAGAAUCUCUUGAGUUACCGUGCACGAUGUACGCAGGUCAAGUUCCCUCGGCGUCAGAGUGCGGCAGUCCUGGUUCCAUUGUUCAUCGGUCGUGCGGGGGACCUGUAUGUGUUACUGAGUCGGCGGUCAGCCAGCUUGAGGCAGUAUGCGGGUGAUACUGCACUUCCUGGAGGAAAGGUGGAUCCCCAAGAUAGUAGUGCUGAGGAUACUGCGAGACGCGAGGCCUUUGAGGAGAUUGGGCUUAUCCCAGACCGGGAACGAGUACCCUUGCUGUGUGUGAUGGAGCCCUUUAUUGCUGGUAACAAGAUGGUAGUAACUCCGGUUGUUGUCCUCAUUCUUGACAACACUAUGCAGCCCAGCCUCAAUCAGUCGGAGGUGACCUCGAUAUUCUCACAACCCCUCGCUUCCUUCCUCACGUCGUCCUUCCCUUUCCACCCAUACCGUGUUCCAGAUCCAUCGGUGCCCUACCACACGACGAUAGAGUGGGAAUGGAGCGGAGGCGGUCGAAUCCGCAUGCAUCGCUUCCUUACCGGACGCGAAGCAGACGGCGUGAAACCUGUGUCUGGGCUUACUGCGAGCAUAUUGAUCUACAUUGCCGUCUGGGGGUACAGACGCGCUCCAGACUUUGAGUUUCAGCCGCCAAACGCGCCUACGCAGGCUCAGCAGAUCGCUUGUGCGCUCCUCACGCCUUCGAGUCCACUACGGUUGGCGUGUGUGCGCGAGGGCAUCGAUACGAAUAUCAUGGCUACCUUCAUCCUGCAUACACUGCAGGAGCUGAACUCUUGGCCUGGUAUGAUUGAGUGGGACAAGAGCGGUCAGGACUGGAGGCUCCCGACGGAGGGACUGAUCUCACAGCGCAUCAACGUCACCAAACAGGAGAAACAUGACAAUGCGGAUGAACACAAGGACAUGCAUAAGGAGAGGCAGGAACGCCGUUGGGAAGUGGGGGAUGGCGCGAAGUCGGGAGCAAGUGAGGACGCAGGGCAACGAAGUGGCCAGAAUAAGCGCAAGGAUGGUGACGCUAAACUCUGAUGCUCAACAGCGAACACACCCUCAUAACUGAUGAUGAUUACAACCCGUUGUAUUAGAACUGGUGUCGUUCAAGUUGCUGGCCACGUGCGCAAGAGUAGACCAUUUAUUAGACACGUUUGUAUUUCUGCAAUAAACUUACUUCGUCUUGCUCAUAGCUAUCACUGUGAGCAGUUUCUUGUUACAUAAA